AUGACAAACAUGACGUUUACGAAAGGUAUUGGAACACCAAAAUAUAUGGCGCCUGAAGUUCUUGAACAAGAAAAAUACAAAGAACCGGCUGAUGUAUAUUCGUUUGCCAUUACAAUGUACGAAGUCAUGGGGUGGGGUGAAGCGUAUUCUGUUGAUAUUUUUAGAUUUCCGUGGACCAUUGCAGAGUUUGUGACAGCAGGAAAACGUCUCGAGAAUAGAAAAAACAUACCAAAAACAUUAUUCAAAAUAAUUGAAAAAUGUUGGAAACACAAUCCAAAAGAACGGGAAACAAUUACUCAAGUGGUUGAUUUACUUCAACAUAUUUACGAAAUUUAA